AUGAGAUAGCGGAAGUCCUUUUUCAGAAACAAUGAAGCAGCAUAUGUGCUCCGGGUGAUCCUUCACUACAAUUACCAGGCGUGAGAUUCGCUGUUCAAAGCCGAUUGAAAACAGAGAGUUUUUUUUUUAAACCCGCUUUCCAUUGUUUAUCCUACGACCGUUUACCGACUCCACAGAAAGCGUCAAGAACUGAAGCAUGGAAGUGGAAAAAGAGAUUAAAAAGUUGACCUUGGGCCAUGAAGUAGGGUCAGGAGCUCCGUGUUUGAAAUGCAAAGAUAAAUGUGAAGGUUUCGAACUUCAUUUCUGGAGGAAAGUUUGUCGCAACUGCAAGUGUGGCCUUGAGGACCACGAUGUGCAGACGGGCUCGGCGGAGGACAAGAAGGUGGGCAAGCUCCUGGAGGACACCAAGUACACCACCCUGAUCGCCAAGCUGAAGACUGACGGGGUGCCCCAGUACAGGCGGAACAUGGUCACGCUCACCAACGCUGUGCCAGCCAAGAAGGAUGUGGACAUCAAGUCUGUGACCUACGAGUGGGCUCCCCCAGUGGCUAAUCAGAGCCUGGCUAUGCGCUACAUUGAGAUGCUCCCGAAGGAAAAGCAGCCUGUGGUGGGCACUGAGGGCGCAGCCUACCGUAAAAAACAGAUGGCCAAGCAACUGCCUGAACAUGAUCAGGACCCGUCGAAAUGCCACGAAUUGUCCCCCAACGAGGUGAAGCAGAUGCAGCAGUACGUCAAGAAGUACAAGGAGGAAGCGCUGGGAGUUGGAGACGUGGCGCUGCCCGAGGAGAUGGAGGCACAGGCCGGGGAGAAGGGCCCCCGCGAGGCCGGGGACAGGAGCACCACAACAUCCGCGGGAGCCAUGGGGGCGAAGAGAGCUCCCCGGAAGGGCGCCGCGUAUUCGUGUCACCGCUGCCAGCUCGACAUGAGGGAAGGCGACCCUGCAGUGUACGCGGAGCGCGCUGGCUACGACAAGCUAUGGCACCCGGCCUGUUUCGUGUGCAGCACCUGCACCGAGCUGCUGGUCGACAUGAUCUACUUCUGGAAGAACAACCAGCUGUACUGCGGCCGUCACUAUGGCGACAGCGAGAAGCCGCGCUGCGGCGGCUGUGAUGAGCUGAUAUUUAGCAACGAGUACACCCAGGCGGAGGGCCAGAACUGGCACCUGAAACAUUUCUGCUGCUUUGACUGUGACUGUGUCCUGGCUGGAGAGACGUACGUCAUGGUGAAUGAGAAGCCUGUGUGCAGACCCUGCUACAUGAAGAGCCAUGCUGCGCGGUGCAAUGGCUGCCAGAACGCGGUGGAGCCCGAGGCUCAGAGGGUCACCUACGGCAGCUUCAACUGGCACGCCGAGCCCGAGUGCUUCCAGUGCUCCUGCUGCUCCAAGUGCCUGGUGGGCCAGAGGUUCAUGGCGGUGGAGGGGAUGCUCUUCUGCUCUGUGGAGUGUAAGAAGAAGACCAUGUCUUAAAGAAGCUGACAGCAAUUCCAAAACCAAAAGCUCCAAGGAUCGGCGUGUGAAAUAUGUUAAUUCAGCCACGCAGCCACAGAUAGCUUUGGCAGGAAAAACAGAUUUCUUUACACAUCUAAUGCUUCCUUUGGUCACUUUUUGUAAUUUUCAUUGUAUUUUUCUGCAGGAGUACUACUGAACUAAUCCUGAGCUGCAUUAGCCAUAACCCAACACAUUUUAUCUUAGCAGUAUUCCCCCCCAUCCCAAAGUAAAUGCUAAGCUCAAACAGUGAAACAGAUGUGGUGCCUUUCGAGUAACUAAAGUAACAAAGACGUUCUGCCAUGGGCAGGCUGAGCUUGGUGAUGACGGGUUCGAGCCUGGGUCAUGUUAUUAGCCUACUGUCGCUAGGAUUCCCAAGCAGGGGAGAUCAUUUGGCUGAGCAUUGCCAAGGUUAGGGUGGGAAUGCGGACUCCUGGGCUCUUGAAGACAGGCGGUGCUGUCAGUGAGUUACGUGCCUUUCCUCCAGAACCUCCAAAAUGGGGCUGCGUUCCCCAAGACAGUUCAAGACAACUCUGGUGCACAGUCGCAUGGUCACAUGGUUAGAGCCUGCAAGCUGACUGUGCUGGGAAAUCAAGUACAGUAGGUAUGACAAAAAGUAUUGAUGGUUCUAAGUUUUGGAAAAGUAAAAGAAGCUGUAUAGUUGCAAAACUGUAGGGCUACGACAGUAUAAAUACAUUGCUUCAAUGGCAGAGGAUAAGGUUUUGACUAAUUCAUUUUUCAGUAGUAGCUUAUUAAAGCACAACAUCUUUCUAAUUACUACUGCAGUAUAAGUGGAAUUGAUUAUAAAACUUGUGACAAAUCCUACUUUACUGUUCUUUGAAUGCACUCUAUUUAAUAAAAUGUUGCAGUAACAUUAA